AUGCCUGACAUCAUUAAAGAAGGCUAUAUUUCAUUAAAGGAGGAAGGACUCAGGGCCUGGAUAUGGUCAAAGAGAUACUGUGUGCUUAGAGACCAAUCUUUAACCUUUCAUAGAAAUGAAGCUGGUCAGUGUAUUGGCUUAUUGUUUUUAAAAGAAAUUGGAUCAGUAACAAGAGUGGACCUAAAACCUUAUUGUUUCGAAAUUACUGCAAAGGAUAAAACUUAUUUUAUUGCCUGCAAAAGUGAUGAAGAGCUUUACAGUUGGAUGGACGAAAUUUACAAUAGAUCUUCAGUGGGUACCUCAGGGCCAACCAAUUUUGUUCAUAAGGUGCACGUCGGCUUUGAUCCAAUCACGGGUGCUUUUACUGGUCUUCCUGACCAAUGGACUCGACUCUUGAAAGGUUCAGCCAUUACAGCAGAGGAUGCAGCCAAGAAUCCCCAGGCUGUCUUGGACGUACUCGAAUUUUAUGCAGAACAAACGAAGCGAGAAGAAGAAGAAUACGGUACAUCUGAGCUUCAGGGUGCAGUCGAACGGAUGAGUGGUCUCAAUUGGGCAAAAUAUAUGCAGGAAGAAAAGUCGCCCAUACCUACAGUCAAACUUCCGCCCAAGAUGGUUCCCACACGACCUGCUCCACCUCCGCCACAUGCCAGUGUGUCUACGAGUAGUACGUCAAGUGAUAAAAAAUCCAAGGAUCAAGUAUUACAAAACUCACCUAAAUCGAAUGUCUCUGAUAACUAUACGUUGCCAUCAAGAGAUCGACAUGAUGUCCCUAUUCCAAGCGGAAAGAUAACGCAGGAUACACCACUUGAUCAGUUGCUAGAAUCUAAAUUACACCUAGACAAAAAGAUACCUAAUAAUGACCAUAAUAAAUACAAUCAUCAUCAAAAGGAUGCCAUCGAUAUGGAAAGAGAAAGGGAGCGGGAGCGUAUUCUCCGAGAAAGAGAAAGAGAAAAGGCUGCUGCUCAAGUAUCCUCCAAAAAGAAAGUUGAACAAAGGAUCAGUACGAUGACUGAAGCGCAAAUCAUGGAAAAACUUCGUUCUGUUGUCUCCAAGGGCGAUCCUAAUGACUGCUAUAAAAAAGUGAAGCGAGUUGGUCAAGGUGCAUCUGGUUCAGUCUUUGUGGCAGUCUCACUUGCUACCAACACAAAGGUUGCAGUAAAGCAAAUGGAUUUAAGCACUCAGCCACGUAAAGAAUUGAUUGUCAAUGAAAUACUUGUCAUGAAAGAAUCACAGCAUCCCAAUAUCGUAAACUACCUGGACUCUUUCCUCGUUGGAAAUAAUGAUUUAUGGGUUGUUAUGGAGUAUAUGGAAGGCGGUGCACUGACGGAUGUGAUUGAUAAUAACAGCACAAUGACAGAACAACAGAUAGCCACCGUGUGUCUUGAGACUAUCCAUGGUUUACACCAUUUGCAUUCACAAAACAUCAUUCAUAGAGAUAUUAAAUCAGACAACAUCCUAUUGAACUCUCAAGGUCACGUCAAGAUCAGUGACUUUGGAUUCUGCGCAAAAUUGACGGAUCAAAAAAGAAAGCGUGCUACAAUGAUUGGAACUCCUUACUGGAUGGCUCCUGAGGUCGUCAAGCAAAAGGAGUACGGGGCAAAGGUGGACAUUUGGUCUUUGGGUAUUAUGGCUAUUGAAAUGAUUGAAAAUGAGCCACCUUAUCUUGAUGAAGAACCAUUGAAGGCCCUUUAUUUAAUUGCUACAAAUGGAACACCCACACUAAGGCAUCCCGAGAGACUCUCAACCGAGUUGAAAUCAUUUUUGGCUGUCUGUCUCUGUGUUGAUGUACGAUCUCGUGCAAACUCUGCAGAGUUAUUAAAUCAUGAAUUUCUGAAAAAGGCUGGACCUUUAGAAAUUUUGGCGCCUUUACUAAAAUUCAGAGCAAAGCAGACAUAA